GUCUACAGGGGGCCCAUCUUUACUAGCACCAUCAGCAGCUCCAACAAUGGUUCGAACAAAGGAACUCACAGUGACUCCAACAAUUCAUACAGUAAUUGAUACAGCAAUGGAUACAGCAAUGGAUACAACAAUGGAUACAACGAUUGCCCCAACAAUGGCACCAACAAUGGCUCCAACGAAGGCGAUAACGAAAACACCUACAAAAGAUCCAACACCAGUCCCAACAAUAGUUCCAACGGCGACUCCAACAAAGGCUCGAUCUACGAAGACCCCAACUACGACGGCUCCCUCUGCGAACAUGAUAUCUGUGAAGGAUACAUCUACAACGUCUCCAUCUACCAAUACCCCUGAUAUUUCUGAUUCUCUGACAUCAAAUCUCGAUUUAGUCGCUACCGAUCCAUGCCCCGGUUUCGCGGAUGACUGCUCCAGGUGUGUAGCAAAUCCAGCUUGCUCGUGGUGCCUCGAAACCAGUGUUUGCUUCAAUGCCAAUGUGGAAAUCGAAGCCGCCCCGGUACAAAACGGAGACGGCUCAUCCAUUAUUGCAAGGAAAUUCGAAAACCAAUGCUUCGGGACCAUGACACAGUUGGUGUCGGCUUGUCCUAUUAGUUCGCAGAAUCCAAGUUUGGGUGAAACCGAAGGCGGUAACUACAAAGCAACGAAUUUGGAUGCUGACGUGGAUGCGGAAGGGAAUGUGGGCCCAGAUACGAACGCUGAUGAUACAUUGAAAGGCACACACGAGACAACCACCAGUAGCUCCACUGCUAUGAAUUUGGAUGCCGCCAACGAUGAAAAUGUAGACACGGAUGCAAACGCCAGGGCUUCAUUCGAAGGCAUAAACGAGACAACCGACAUAGCCCAGUCCAGCAGCAGCUCUAUAAAUACUGCUGGGAUGUUGCUGGCAUCGGGGGUCUGUUGCAUCGCGACUGUGCUGGCAAUGAGACACAUGUAGAUUGACAUGGACACGAAUACCACCGAACGAGUCGGCACAAUGAUAUUCUGAAUUGGUGUUUGUCUUCACACUCGAUACAUUCAACACAGC